CGUACGGUAACUCCGCCCAAUACUCCCAUUACUAACCUAAACCAGUACAGGACCGAAUCAUACCGCUUGCUGGUCGUGCGCCUUUACCACUAACUAGGCAAGACUUAUGCUCGUACUUGUUCACAAACAACUUGGCGCAGGAAAGAAGUCCAUAUUUAAGCAGUUUUAAAGCAACCUUUAAACUCAUUUAUCUAACUAGUUUUGCCAAAAUUUAUGCAAAGGCUUAGUUGAGUAGCUUGCAGGAUAAAUAAGGAAUAAAGGAGAGCCGGGAGACAACAUGGACAUGGAGAAAAAGAUUAAACGGGAACUCCGCAACAGGAAGCCAUCAGAGGUUGUGGAGUUGGUUCUCGAUAACUGCCGUUCGCCUCAAGGGAAGAUCGUGGGCCUCACAGAUGAGUUUCUAAACUUGGAGUUGCUCAGUAUGGAGGACGUUGGUCUCACCUCCUUAGACGGUCUGCCCAAACUGCCCAAGCUUCGGAAGCUGGAGCUCCCCAGUAACCGCAUAAGCAGACUCGAUGCUCUGGCAGAGAAGACCCCAGCACUGGUGCAACUCAACCUCAGAGACAAUAAGAUUAAGGACGUCAGCACCCUCAAACCGCUGAAGAAGCUGACCAUGCUGAGGAGCGUGGAGCUCCUGGACUGCGAGGUCUCUGCGCUGAUGGACUACAGGGAGCUUGUUCUGGCGUUCCUGUCCCAGGUCACCUACCUGGAUGGAUACGACAUCAACGACAGGGCGGCAAUGAACUCGGACUCUGAGCUGAGUGUAGACGGGGAUGGCUCGAGCGACCUGCCGGAAGAAGAGGGCAGAAUCGAGGAAGACGACGAUGAUGUGGAAUCGGAAGAUGCUAAUACAGAAGAAGAGGGCGAUGGCUUGGAUGAUGAAGACGAUGAUGACGACGAUGAUGAUGAUGAUGACGACGAUGAUGAUGACGAUGACGACGAUGUCAAAGAAAUGAGUCCAGCGAAGAAGAGGAGAAGGUGUCACGACGAUGACAGUGACAACAGUGACGGGGAGGACGAAAGUGACGGGGGGGACGACAGUGACAGGGAGGAUGAUGGUGACGACUGAGAUUUACCAAAUUCAGCCAGUCCCUCUGCAACCUCCCUUUCCUGUGCCUGCCUCACGCUGAAGCCCACAUGAGGGUUAGGCAACCUGCCUCCUCAAAAUGAAUCCCAUGGAAACUGCAGACCAGCCUUUUCCAAUUUAAUAUCUUACUGUUUAAGGAGCGGCAGUUUUCAGGAAUCUGGUUCCAUUCCAUCCGUUGCGGUGCUCUUCAUGUAAACAUCCGUGCAGUGACUGGCUUUCUGAAGGGGGGUCUGGGGUGAACACCAGACAAUGCUGUGGACCAGGGCUGAGAAAGAGGCCAAUCUACUGGAACACAUUCCCUAUUGCAUGGAAAAAUCAGUGGCCACGUUCACCAGGAAAUCGUGCAAUACAAUCUCUGGUUUUGUGUCGCUGAAAUAUUUUCUCAUCAUUUUCAUUAAUUGUUGUAAGGCUUCGAUUUCCCACUCUGAGCACAACCAAGCGUUGCCUUUUACAGUUAGAAAUAUUUAAAUAAUGUUCUAAAAUGUUA